CCUGUGUCGUCACAUAAUUCAGCCUCCAAGGAUAUAUGAGGGGCUUUCAGAACGAUGGAGCUGGAUAUGAACUUGAAUCUGUGAAGUGAUCUCCAUUUUUCAAGAACUAAAAUGAAAGCCCUUACUGUUUUACACCGGGCUGCGAAUACUUUGUGCAGACGGCAAGUUGAACGAGGAACUCUAUUGACAAGCUGUGGAAUGUGCGGAACGGCGACGUCUAAGGGCAAGCUGCAGCCUGACUUUGGCUUGCUGUUUGACAUCGACGGGGUCCUGGUGAGAGGCAAGACUCCCAUCCCUGCUGCCAAGAAGGCUUUUCAGAAGCUGGUCGACUCCCGGGGACAGUUCUUGGUCCCUGUCGUGUUUGUGACCAACGCAGGGAACUGUCUGCGUCAGAAAAAGGCAGAUCAGCUUUCCCACAUCUUAGGAGUUCCUAUUUCGCAAGACCAGGUCAUGCUGUCUCACAGUCCUCUGAGAAUGUUCAGAAAAUACCACGACAAAUGUGUCCUGGUCUCUGGACAAGGCCCAGUGUUGGACAUUGCCAAGAACCUUGGCUUCAAGAAUGUGUUGAGCAUCGACAUGUUGAGGGAACACUUCCCUCUGCUGGACAUGGUAGAUCACAACAGGAGGCCCAAUCUCCCGGCUUCACCCUUUUUGAACAUUCCACAAAUCGAAGCGGUCAUUCUCUUUGGGGAGCCCAUUCGAUGGGAGACCAACCUCCAGCUGAUUAUUGACGUGUUGUUGACUAAUGGCAACCUGAAUAAUCCCUAUGUGAGCCAUCACUCUGCCCACCUGCCUCUGCUAGCCUGUAAUAUGGACCUCAUGUGGAUGGCUGAAGCUCACUCACCCAGGUUUGGCCAUGGGACGUUCCUGGUGUGUCUGGAGAGCCUCUACAGGAAGAUCACGGGCCAGGAGCUGAAGUACGAGGCUCUGAUGGGGAAGCCCAGUGAGCUGACCUACCACUUUGCUGAGUUCCUGAUCAGAGAGCAGGCUGCUGAGAGGGGCUGGAGGAUGCCCAUAAGGUCCCUCUACGCCAUUGGUGACAACCUCAUGACGGACAUCUAUGGAGCCAACCUUUACAAUGGCUACCUGGAGGAGCGUGCGACCAGGCACAGUGCCAAGGUGGCCACCAGGGUGGCGGCCGGCACCGGCCCUUCCAAAACCCUGCCCCAGGAGGAGGACAUGGAUAUGGCCUGGGAGAGUGAGCUGGCCUCCCCCUCUGCCACCACCUGCAAGUCUAUCCUGGUCUGCACCGGGGUCUACAACCCCCAUACCGAGGUGCCCAUGGACUCCAACAGCAGCAUCAAGGAGACAGUGUUCCACGGCCACCGAGACUUCCGCUUCCACCCCUCCCUGGUGGAGCCGGGCCAUAUCGUACAGGACGUGGACGCAGCCGUGGAACUCAUAUUUGAGCAGGAGAAGUUUGCUGCUUCCAGACUUUGAUCGUAAGGGUGAAUUCGGGGAAACAAAAUCUGAUGUAAGAACAUACUUAAAACAACGCAGGAUAAUUAUCUUAGUUUUUUUGUUGUUUUUUUUUUACAUGUAGACAUUUAACUAUAUUUUUGCCAAUGCUCUUUGCUUUGCAUAUGUGUAUUUAUAAAACCAUGAAACUAAGCACAACAAAUGUUUGCAUACCUUGUAAACAGAGGAGUUAGACUGAUUUUCCAAAGUAUUGAAGUCAGUCCAAAUUGCACUACAUGCUUUCAGAAAAGUGUACACUGUAUGUGAAGGAUGGAGCAACAUUUUAUUGCCAAUUGACCAUCCUGGUACUUUUUUUUUUACUGUGCCUUAACUUAAAAGUCCUGUCAUUUCUGUACUUAUUUGAUCUUCUUGUACUGAUUGUUGUUUACUAGUGUGCAGCCCUGUCCAUGUAUACAAUUGUGUAAAUAGCAUCUAAAAUUGUUGGAAAGGACUUUUAUGUUCUCUAGAUAUUUUGGAACUUUAGAUACUUUAGGAAAGUGACAUCACUGUGAAGCAAAUGACCAGCAUAUUUAGGUUACAUAUUAGGUUAUUUAUUUUAUUAACAAUUCAAGAUUAACAAUAUUUAAGAAUAUAUUUUGUCUAAAUGUACUGUUCAGAAUAAAUAACUAAACUUUU